GCGGGCGCCAGGGGCGGGCGCUGCUGGCCAGAAGGUUCGGUUGCGCGUGUGCCGUGGACUCAGCCGCCUGGUGAUAUUGACAAUAGGAGAGAGAAAGGGGCAUUGACUGGGACCCUCCGCUGGUAGCAAACGGUGGCUCUGGCAGCGGCGGCUCCAGCUCCAGCGGCUCCUCCUCCUGAUCCUGCCUCCUCCUCCCGCUGCCGCUGCAGAUCCAAUCUUCCUCUCUCCCUGCCCCCCGCCCCCACGUCGUCGCUGCGGCCGCCGCUGGGUCCGGAGCAAAGAGCAGAGGCGCCGCCCGCCAGGAAUGUGAGCGAGGAGCCACUGGCGGAGCCGCAACGGGAUCGGUGCCGAUUUGAUGGGACGGGCCCGCGGGGGAGGAUCGUGAGGCCGCCGCUGCCGGAGCGCUGAGGUUCGGGUCCGGCCGUGAGGCCUAGAGGCGCCACCGCCGCGGAACCGAAGGGACGCCGCACCGGACCGCCGUCGCCCCGGGUUCCCUGCAGCUGCCCGGACCUCCCCCUGCACGUCCUGGUCCCGCCGCCCGCCCCCGCUGCGGUCCCCUCGCCCGUCUCCCGCCCCUUGAAACCACAGAUCAUCUUUGGAUUUUUCCCCAGAAGCUUCAAGUAGGGAUAUGUCCUCAGCACCAACUACUCCUCCAUCAGUGGAUAAAGUAGACGGAUUUUCUCGGAAGUCCGUCAGGAAAGCCAGACAGAAGAGGUCGCAGAGUUCCUCACAGUUCAGGUCUCAAGGCAAGCCUAUCGAGCUAACACCUCUGCCACUGCUGAAAGACGUUCCAUCCUCAGAGCAGCCUGAACUGUUCCUAAAGAAACUUCAGCAGUGCUGUGUCAUUUUUGACUUCAUGGACACGCUAUCUGAUCUUAAAAUGAAAGAAUACAAGCGCUCCACUCUUAAUGAACUGGUGGACUACAUUACAAUAAGCAGAGGCUGUUUGACAGAGCAGACUUACCCUGAAGUAGUUAGAAUGGUAUCUUGCAAUAUAUUCAGAACUCUCCCUCCUAGUGACAGCAAUGAAUUUGAUCCAGAAGAAGAUGAACCUACCCUUGAGGCAUCCUGGCCACACUUACAGCUUGUAUAUGAAUUUUUCAUCCGAUUUUUGGAAAGCCAAGAAUUCCAACCUAGCAUUGCCAAAAAAUAUAUAGAUCAGAAAUUUGUAUUACAGCUUCUGGAGCUAUUUGACAGUGAAGACCCUCGGGAACGGGACUACUUAAAAACAGUCUUACACAGAAUUUAUGGCAAGUUUCUUGGUCUUAGAGCAUUUAUCCGAAAACAGAUUAACAAUAUUUUUCUAAGGUUUGUUUAUGAAACAGAACACUUCAAUGGUGUAGCUGAACUGCUGGAAAUAUUAGGAAGUAUUAUCAAUGGCUUUGCUUUACCUCUUAAGGCAGAACACAAACAGUUUCUGGUGAAAGUGUUGAUCCCUUUACACACUGUCAGGAGCUUAUCACUCUUCCACGCCCAGCUGGCAUAUUGUAUAGUACAGUUUCUGGAGAAAGAUCCUUCACUCACAGAACCAGUUAUUAGGGGGUUAAUGAAAUUUUGGCCUAAAACAUGUAGUCAAAAAGAGGUCAUGUUCCUUGGGGAGCUGGAAGAAAUAUUGGAUGUGAUUGAACCUUCACAAUUUGUUAAAAUUCAAGAACCUUUGUUUAAACAAAUUGCCAAGUGUGUGUCUAGCCCCCAUUUUCAGGUGGCAGAAAGGGCACUCUAUUAUUGGAAUAAUGAAUACAUUAUGAGUUUGAUAGAAGAAAACUCGAAUGUCAUCCUUCCCAUCAUGUUUUCCAGUCUCUAUAGGAUUUCGAAAGAGCAUUGGAAUCCGGCUAUCGUGGCGCUAGUGUACAAUGUGCUCAAGGCCUUCAUGGAGAUGAACAGCACCAUGUUCGACGAGCUGACGGCCACAUACAAGUCAGAUCGUCAGCGUGAGAAAAAGAAAGAAAAGGAGCGUGAAGAAUUGUGGAAAAAAUUGGAGGAUCUGGAGUUAAAGAGAGGUCUUAGACGUGAUGGGAUAAUUCCAACUUAACAGAAACAAUGAGAACACCAUUACUAACCUGUGGAGUCACACAUUUAUGUAGUAGAAGAUGGAGCAACAGUUUUCUGUAUUGUGCAACUUUACAGUAGAUUUCACAUUUGUUUCAUUAUUACAACAGCACUGUAUAUACCUGUCUCUAAGUAAAGGAAAAAAAAUAAGGACUUGAAUCCAAAGUUUGGACAGUAGAUGGACUUCUCAGAACUUUGCAAACAUAAUCAUUGUUCUAACCCUCUUUUAAACAAAGCGGUCUUGAAAGAUCUGUUGAUGAAAUUGCUAUGUUAAAAUUCCAUUAUGGGGAGUUCCUUAUUUAUCACUAGCAGAGAGUCUGUUACAAGUUUCAAAUGUGAACAAUCUUAAAUUUAGCUUGUCUUUCUGCUAAGCUGUUACAUGUAUUUAUAGUAAAGGAAGAAAAAAAGACUGUCAUUUCCUUAUAAGUUUGUGUAACAUCCUCCUCUGGAUGACGUGGCUGUAAUUGACAUCUUCCCCCUUUGCACAUCUUCCUGAGUUGAACGUCCAUGGGAAACGGGGCCGUGAACUAGAAAGGUCCCUGGUAAAGGUUUUGUUUACUGGGGUGAACAUCUUUCCCGUAACCAGGUAGUCCUGGUACUACUUUAGUUUUAAAAUUAGGAGUAAAAACAGAAGGGGUGAUAAACAUAGUAGGGAAGGGGAAUUUGGAUUCAUACGUCAGUUGACGGUGAGUCCAAAUCAGAGUCUUGAAUCCUUUGAAAACAGACACUGGACAUCACAGGCUUCAGUACCCGACCAGUAUUAGUUGCAUACAUCAUUGGACACACACCAGAGAUGUUUCAGAAAUGUCAGAAAAACAUCCUUUUGGAUCAUUUGAAAUAAGAAAAACAAACACUAAAUAAUACAACCAUGAAAUUGAUCACCAGGAUUGUGAAUCUAAUUGGGAAGAGAAGAGCAAACAGCUUGGACUGUUUGGAGUUGUUGCCUUACUUUUUAAUAUGUAUUUAUAAAGUAUUCCAGCAAAAGAGGAUGUAGCCUCUGGGAAAAAACAAACCUGUUCAGUGUUUUUUGUAGAUUCUCGUUCAAUAUCUCAUCACAGCGCCAGCCCUGUUUUUAGCCAGAAAGGAUUCAGGAUAAACAUUAUUAUGCAUUCUAAAGUGGAUGCGUAUUCCUAACUACUGUAUUUGUUACCAAAAGUGGUUCUACAAAUGCUACUGAAAAAAAUCUGGAAAUUCCUAAUGUCCUGAGUAUUAAUAAUAAAGUUUAAAAAUGCUUUUAUAUCAAAGGUGCAUCGUGACCAAAUUGUUUAAGAAAAAACAAAACAAAAUCUACGGCUGUGUACAUCUUAUUGGCUCUCUGCUUUGUAUUUAAAGAAGAAUCUUACGUUAAUUAGGUAAACUGCUAUUCAGAUUGUGUACAAUAUGUUCUUCCCUGACGGAGCUGCCUUGUUAUGUAUGAAACAUAUGUGUUUGGGGGUUUGCUUACUGUGGACGUGGCAGCAGUGAGUGGAUGAUCCUCCUCAUGGUGUAGAGCCGAGUCCGUGUUCAUGUAUUGAAUUAUGAUGGUAGCAGACAGGAACGUACGGACUAUUGCUCUUCCUGGACAAACAUGAAUGUGGGCUUGUAUGUUUUUCCUUCCAUUUAAAUAUAAAGUAGAGUAAGCAGUUUUAUUGUUUUCAAGAAAAAGGAAAAAAAAAGCCACUGACAUUUCUCCCCCAAGAAGUGUUUCAGGAUUAUCAGGUCACAGUGUAUAUGGAAAAGUCAGCUAAUUAGGAUUUUGUCAUCUUGGUCACCUUGUAGGGAAAAAAAAAACCAAAACAAAAGUUGGCAUAGUUAAUUCCUAAAAAGAAACAGCAGUAAAAAGAUCAUAUGCAGCACCAAGCACAGCAUGGUUCAGUGGAAUUAAUAGAUUUUUUUUUUCAAUGUAAAGUUGGCGGAGGCUGCAAAAACAAACAGCUGACUUUAAAAGUGUUGGAACAAAGAUGGGAGUUCAACACUAAUGGUCAAAAAUAAAUUUGUAAAUUUGUAGCAGAUAUUCUCCUUUAGCCCUUUGGAUUUUAGCUUUUUAGUUUUGACUCUGCAGUACAUUUACUUUUGAUAGCAUCAACUUUCUGCCAUGAAUUCAUCUUCUUAGAUAGAAGACAUUAAGAUCACAGGUUUAUGAAUAAUCUCUGCCUAUUAGAAGGAAAUGCAGUCAUUUGAAAGGAGAAAGGCCAGGUUCCUUUUUUACACCUUACCCUGUCCUCAGAGUUAAGGUGAAACUACACAGAUACCCUUAAUGUAAAUUUUGAAUGUUGAUCAUUCCAAACCGAGGAGAAUAAAGCAAAUUUUAGACAUAUUGAGAAGCAAUUACAGCUGUAUGUCUGAAAUUCCUGGGGCAACUUCUGAGAAGAAGCACUGUCUUUUCUUCUUUUUUUAACCGAGAGCGACAAUGUGACAUCUGUCCUGUGUGCAGUGGCGCAGAGUGACUGAGGUGAUCUGACUGUUGCACUAUGUGACGUAUUUAAGGAUGUACUCGCUGCAUUUGCAGCCACCCUCUCUCUUUGUCCCUUUCCAGUUCUGCUGUUGCUGCAACUUGAGUUAAUUGUGACAAAAGCAUCUUUGUGUUAUAUUUUGUUUGCUUUCUAAUUUCCAGAACUAUAUAUAAAUAUAUUUUUUAAAUAGCAAAUACUAUAGUUAAUGAGUGAUGAUCACUCCAACCUUAUCCCUACCAUAUUGGUUUCAGGGAUAGGAUUAAGAGUGUUUUUGGAAAAAAAAAAUAUACACAACCCUGUGGUUUAGAAUGAUGCUGAGGCCUAAGUUUGUGGGCCUAGAACGACCAUGUGAGUGAGCUGACCCAUCUCGUACUUUGAAUCAAGCAUGCAUUCCUCCUUCUCACUGUGCACCGUCCCUGGUUGGUUUCCUGCAGCGUUUAGUUUUUGUCCUUUAAAAUUUUUAUUGUAUUUUGCUCUCCCUAACAUUUGACUGUUUUUUAUAAAAGAAAAGAAAAAAUAAAAAAAGUAAGAAAGAAAUAAUACCCUUGAUGCCGCUGGAUACUCAACAAGCAGGGUUCGCUCCUUUGUCUUGGGCUUGUUGGCCUAAGUGAAAGAGUUUAAUUUAUUUUGUACCUCCUCCUAUGCGUGGGGCAGUCCAGGGUGCAGAGCCAGGAAUUGCUUGUAAUUGCACCUGCUAUACUUAACCAUAUAGCCCUAGGCUCAAUCACACUAUGGAAAGGAAAAAAAAAAGUAUAUUUAGAGCUUUAAAAGCUUUUUUAUUUUUUUGUGGGGAUGGGAUGGGGUGGGGUGGGAAAGGGACGUAUGGAUGUAAGUGCUGAGUUUUUUUUUUGUUUGUUUUCUUUUUGUUUGUUUGUUUUCCUGUUUGUUUUUUCCCUUUAAUUGGAGGCACUGACCUGCCCCAGAAAAUGAAGAGAUUCUCUCUUUUGAUGCUAUUACCAAUGUUAUCACUAAGUGACAGUCACCUAUAGUAAAAAGGUGGCAUCAGACAUGAUCACUGAUGAUGUUUUAUUUGCACAUCAAUAUUUUUAUUUUUGUAUUCUGGCUCAGCUGCUGCUCUGAGUGGAGUUAAGGAAUGAGCCGCAAAGGAUUUUUGUAGUAGGUAUAUUGGCAAUGCAUUUUAUAUUCGUCUAGACUUAAUUUUGAAAAUCUAAAAGAAGGAUUGUGCAUCUUGAGAGAAAGUUGAGCAGAUUUUGACCUAGUGGAAUGUUAACUUGUGCUGCUGCUUGUGCACUGUGGCAGCGGUAGCAUCUCUCUAGGAAACACACGUCCCCUAUUAGGGUGUCUGUGAACGUCGGUUUCCCUCCCUCCCUCCCUGAGUUCCUUUUCUUUCCUCUUUCUCCUUUCCUCUUUCUUUCUUCCCUGUCAGCCCUCCCUCUCUUCUUCUCUCCCUUCCUUUUUUACUUUCUUUCCUUUUUUUGAAAUCACUCACUGUAAAUAAGUUGUAAUCCAAACCUCAUGUAUAAUGGGGAGCUUUCAAAUAUAAAUAUUACCUUACCAAGACAUUUUCUGGUGGUUGUCUGAUUUUUGAUUGAAGUAUAAUGAGAAUGACAUGUCCGUUGCUUUUGGUUUGAGGAUUUCGCUUUGGCUUCAUGAAUCCUUUGGUAUCUUAGUAUUUCAUUGUUUUAGCAGGAGAGGGCAGCAAAAGUUCAUUUUCCUGUUAGUAAUGUCGUGGUUCAUGAUUGGUUUUAAAUUUAGCUGUGUGUGUGUGUGUUUUUUUAAACAGCAUCUGUUUGUGACUAGAGGUAAAAAUGAAACAUUUUUGAUAUGAAAAGUUGCAUAUGGAAAUUAUAGACUGGUUCAACCACACAGUGAAGACUUCUGAUCCACAUCUAACUCAAAAUGCCACAAAACAAUCUCCAGUUCUGGCUAAAACAUGCUCCUUUUCAAACACAACAGAAUGCAAGCUGAGUCUUACACACUUGGAAUUUGAAAUGUUUUUCUUUGGAAAUGAUUUACUUUCUUCAGAGUGGUAAAAGAAACAAAAAUGAAGGUGCUCCCAAAAAAGAAAUGUAACCUCCCCUUUCACAGCUGUGUGAGAGGUUCUGUACUGCGGUGCGUCCUAAUAAAGAAGCAGUGAAGCGUUU